AUGGCAAAUUCAAAAUCUUCUUUUCACACUCGUUCAGUCAGUUUACCAUCUUCAUCUCACCCACUCGAUGCGAGCAUUGAGAAUCACUUGCGCAGGCUAAGGGACUCGCAAGUAGGAUCUUCAUCAUCAUUAUCCCAAAAUUUGUGCUAUAUGAAGGAAUUACAGGAGCAAAUGAACGAUUUGAUUCAUUUGCCACACAACCAACAAUUUCUUUGCAAUGAACUUCAAAGGGUAGAGGUUGAAGAAGUUCUAGAUGGUUCCCUUAAAUUGCUGGACUCUUCUAGCUCUAUCCUCGAGGCCAUGUCACAGUUGAAGGAAUCCAUUCUUGACCUUAAAUUAGCUAUCCGGAGAGGAAGCCACAAUGAAGGCAUUCAUAAUUUUUUGGUAUCAAGAAGAAAGAUCAACAAAGCGCUUUCUAAGUGUCUUGUGAACCUGAAGAAAACCGAACAAAGUUGUGCUUCGAAACAAAGGAAUAACGAGGGAUCCAUAACAUCCAUUACGAGAGUUUUACAGGAGGCUGAAAAAAUUAGUCUCGACACAUUAAAAUCGCUUCUAUCAUUUGUGAUGGGGAAGAAGCAAGUUUCUCAUACACGCGGUUGGUCCUUGGUCAAUAAACUUGUCACUGAUGCUUUGGUUUUUUCGAUCUGA